AUGAGCGCAAUCCGCUCCUCGUCAUCAGCCCUCCUCCUCCUCGGAGGCGUCGCGACCCUCCCCGGCGCCGCUACAGUCCGAAGCCAGUUCCCGCAACGGAGCAGCACCACCCUCUCCACCACGGCGGCAGAGCAGGCCGAGCUGGGGUACAUGCAGCAACCACUCGGCCCCGCCAGCAGCCGAACGACGGCCCACACGGCCGGGAACGCGAAGCGUAGCGGUGGUGCGGCGCAGGUUGUUACAAUGUCUAAGACGACGAUUCAAGCAGCAUCAGCAUCCUCGAAGCUGAGAGAAGGUGGUGCGGCGACAGCGGCGGGGUUCCGGUAUAAGUCUGCGGAGGAGGCUGUGGCUGUUGUUCUUGGACGGAAUCAGCAGUAUCAGAAGGACUCGUCCUCGCGGCCUGUGAGGAGAGAUUGA